AUGAUGCAGAAGCAAGAGUUCUUAGAACUGUUUGAGGCAGCGAUUUUAGCCGCAAAAACUGCUGCGAGAGGAGGAGACGGUAAGAAUAAUAAGAAUUCUCCUUCUCCGGCUGUCUCGAGGUGUGUCGACGCAAUGAUUCGUUUGAGAGAAGCUCCAGAGUCCCUUGCGUGCGAGUUGGUCAUCGAUCGCAGAUACCCUCAGAUUGGAAAAAGUCACGGACUUUUCAUGGAACAUAAAAACCCUAGAAUCCAGUCCGAGGCAAAGGUUCUUUACUCUCUUUGGCUAAAGUAUCUCUACGCCACCGGCAAGAAACAAAACCCACGACCUCGUGAUCAAGGUCAAAGUAGACCAGUGGUGAAUAAGAAGAAGAAGCUUGUCGAGGAGGAGAUGAUCUCGACGACAACGGGGGAUUGUAACCGAGACAAAGUGCGUGAGAUUCUUGCAAAAGCUUUGUCUAAAGUGGCUGUUGAGAUGAAGGAAGGAGUGGUUUCUUGCGAUUCUUGGAGUGUGGCUGCCUCUGUUGAAUCUGCCAUGUUUGAGAGAUUAGGUUCUUUUGAAGGGACUCAAAAAGCAAAGUACAGAUCCAUUCUUUUCAACAUGGGAGACAGCAGGAAUCCAGACCUGAGGAGGAAAGUACUACUCGGAGAGAUCAGUGGAGAGAGGUUAGUGACUAUGGAGAAAGAAGAGAUGGCUAGCAACAAGAUUCAGAUGGAAAUUCAAAAUAUCAAAGAGAGAGUCAGAGUUAGGGAUGAGAAUCGAGUCAAGAGUAUGAUGACGUUUCAGUCAGACAUGAUGAUCAUGACUUAG